UUUUAUAGUUAACGGAGCGCAGAGCGGCUGUUUUCCGGGUUCACACUCACUCAGCAUGUAGAGGAGGCGGACCGCAGGGAGACACCUGGACCACCGCGGACACGCCGAGCCAAAACACGGUAUCGAUCAGCUGACAUCGAUCAGCUAUCAUUGAAGCAUGGGGAACCUGAUCAAGGUGUUAACCAGAGACAUCGACCACAAUGGAGGAAACUUCUUCCUGGACUUUGAGAACGCUCAGCCCUCGCAGUCGGAGACGGCGGUGUGGGAGGAAGUGAACCAGGUGCUGACGGAGUCUCGGGUCAUCCUGGAAGACCUGCAGUCGUACAGAGGAGCAGGAGAGGAAAUACGACAGGCCAUCCAGAGUCCUGGUGUGGAGGGGGUCCAGGAGAAGGCCUGGUCAGCUGUGGUUCCUCUGGUGGCUAAACUCAAAACCUUCUACGAGUUCUCCCAGAAGCUCGAGUCCAGUCUGCGAUGUCUCCUGGACGUCCUCACCAGCUCCGCUUCGACUCCCACUCAGCAUCUGGAGCAGAAACAGGCUCUGGCUCGUCAGUUCGCCCACAUCAUGCACUUCACGCUGCGCUUCGACGAGCUCAAGAUGACGAAUCCGGCCAUCCAGAACGACUUCAGCUAUUAUCGCCGAACCAUCAGCCGCAUGAGGAUCAACAACGUGUCUGCCGACCGAGGAAAUGAGGUCAACAACGAGCUGGCCAAUCGGAUGUCUCUGUUUUACGCCAGCGCCACGCCGAUGCUGAAGACGCUAAGUGACGCUACGUCAAAGUUCGUCUCAGACAACCCAGACGUCCCGAUUGAAAACACGACAGACUGUCUGAGUACGAUGGCCUGUGUGUGUAAAGUGAUGCUGGAAACACCGGAGUAUCGCAGUCGUUUCACCAGUGAGGAGACGGUGUUGUUCUGCCUCCGUGUGAUGGUCGGUGUCAUCAUCCUGUACGACCACGUUCACCCGGCUGGAGCCUUCGUUAAGACCUCCAAUAUAGACAUGAAAGGCUGCAUCCGAGUGCUGAAGGAGCAGCCGCCCAGCAGUGUGGAGGGAUUACUCAACGCUCUCAGGUAUACGACCAAACAUCUGAACGAUGAGGCUACCUCCAAGCAGAUCAAAACCUUGUUGCAGCCAAAUUAACUCCAUGCUUCUUCAGCGGAACUGAAACUGGAACGAUACUGGGAAGUAUUUUGGUCCAAAUUUCAAAAGAACUACUGAACAAACCUUUAGCUAAUGUGUCUUUGUUUAACCUCAGUUAUUGUUUUUUUUUUAAACUCAGAUUUUUUGUUGUAAAAUAAAAAGAGAAAAGAAAAGAAAAAGAGCGAAACCUUUUAGUUGGUUGAUCCAAGAGAAGAUGGUGUUAAAACCAGCAGAGCUGCGUUCACGUCAUGUCAGAUUUACAACAAAAGGUGCGUUUGACUUCAUGCUGAACUAAUGUGAUGCAGGCUGGACUUAAAACAAGGCGUGCUGGUUAGGAAUUGUGUCCGACUUUUGCCGGCGCUGCAAAACGUCACCAUGUCACAUGACAUUAAAUCCUCACGGGAGCAAGACGGCUCAUAGGCGCCCAGUCCGGCGGCUGCAGUUGCAAUAAGCUCAUGCAGGUAGAAUGUGUCCGACUUGACGCCGCUGUUUUUAUACCCCGCCCCUGCGAAGAUUACAGACUUUUCCUUUGCUUCCAGAAUGUGUCACAUAAAGAAAAUAUUGCAGUGAAUUAACUGAAAUUGAAAGUUCUGUUAGCGCCACCUAGAGACCCACAUCUUAAAAAUGUUUUCAUAUGUCUUCCGGUGUUUUGCCAAACUCUUCUAAUUCCCAACUCGUCACAAAUGAACGCUUGGUCAACACCCUUUGGCGUUGUUGUUGCACGUGUAGGUCUCCACGUUUAGGUUAGCAAUAACACAUAUGCAACGUCCAGACUGACUUCAGAAUAAAACUAGUGGUGAACAUUGUUAAAGGUGAAGGCACUUGGUUAGGUUUAGGAAAACAUCAUAGUUCGGAACGUAAGUAACAUAACUGAAAAAUAAUCAAUGCUGACAUUUUGUUUCCUAAAGAAGAAACAAAGACUGAUCUCCUGGGUUGGUUUCUGACUCACUCAUCCACACCAACCACUUCUUUACUUGGACUUUUCUGUUAUUUAUAAAUGGCCUACUUUUAGCAUUGACAAUGACGCUAAAUGGCUUCCCCCAGUGCGUUGAACGAUGAUGUGGUCGUUCCAUAGCCGUUCAGAAGAGCCAUAAACACACAAACUAGUUUGUUUCAAACAUUCACGGCCUCAACCUCUUCCAGGAGUGGAGCCAAAAAUCGUCUUCUGGAGACCAUGAAUGUCCAGACCACAUAUGAUCUCUUUUUGGCCAAUACUUGAGGAGAUUUGUAUGGACAAUCUGCGGUUCCUGACCGUCCGUGGGGCAAAAUAAACGUCUUUAGCAACUGCAGCUGGGUCUGCUUGAUUUAAAUAGGCUAAACAAAAUGACCCACAACUGGGCUGUGUAGACUUUGCGAAGGCUUGAGCAUGUUUACCAUUUAUUUAUCAGGUCAUCUGUACUUCUGAUGUGACGAGAAUGCAGCUUUGGCGGUUUUCAUGCAGCACCGAUCUGUUAGCUGCCUUAGGGUUAAAGUGUGUUGGUGGUUCAACAGAUCAUCACCUCAGCCCCUUUUCCACCAGAUGAACUUUUCCCCAUUUCAAGAACCCAGGAACCUUUUUACUGGAGGAACCUUAUCCCGGUAUUAAUUCCUCAGCCGCAGUUCCUACCUCAGUAAAAAGUCUCUGUGGCUGAGGUUGUACUUUUCAGUUAAACUUUGUAAACUGCUGAAAUUCACAGUUUUACAGGACUGAACAUCAGUGAUUGGUCAAAAGCAAGAUCAGCGAGAAUCAAAAAGGAAAACACAGGUUUAUUACAAUUCAUAGUUUUCACGUGACGUCACAUUCCAAGGAAAACGCUCCCUUGGAGGCCAAAAAAGACGUUAAUUUCUGCUGCCCGCCAGGAAGCAAGUGACACGCUGUUACUUUGAGUUCGUUACUUUUGCGUAGCGUUAAAAUUCUGGAUGGUUGUUGUGCUUUCGGAUGCACUAAUCGACGAGGAGACAAGCCUGAGCUGUGUGAGGUGAGGGAUUCCCUACAAGGUAGACGUAAACAUUACCAAAGUCGAGCGCUGGCAGGGACCCGGCGGUUUUAACACUUGCAAUUUGUGUCCAUAUCUUUUUCCGCUCUUCCAAAUGAGUUUUCCAAACCUGUUUGACACCUGAUGUUUGUUGCUGUUUGAUCCAUUUUAAAGGGCACUAUUUUCUCAGCCAGCCUCUUACUGUGAGUAAUGUGUAAGCGAGAGCGAGGGUAAUAGAAGGAGAAAUAGUUAGAAAAUAUUGAUGAUAUAUUUAUAUUGCGGUGGGCUUUUACAAAUAAAUCAAGUAUGGAAAACACCGGAUGAGUGAGUGGUUCAAAUUAGCAAAAUUACAGACUUCCUGAAUGUGUCACGCCUUGACAAUUUUUUGUCUUAGUUGUAAAUGUCUGUCUGGAUCUUAGAGCCUCACGUGAACUGAAUUUCACUCAAUGCUCACGGCCCUAAAAUCAUGCACAGACAAUAGAAGUUCCUGGUUUCUUGAAGGGUCAUUUGGAUUCUUUGGUGGAAAAAGGUUGAAAUACUUAGUAGCCAGUUUAUUGGGGUAAAUUUAAACAGCUCAUUCCUCCUCAGAAGAUGAGCUGUUGGUGUCACUAACAUCUGGUAAAAUUAGCUUUUGGGACUCAUUGACUGUAACUGCGUAGGAACCAUAGAAAAGCUCAGGGAGAAGCUGCGAGCUGCUUUUUAUUGUAGGUGGCAAAUAGAACCAGCCUUACGUUUGACAAACCAACCAGUCAGUCCAAAGCAAAGUAAGUUUCCAGGUGCAACAUCUUCAUCACCGUGAGUCACGGUUUUCCAAAUGUUUUGCAAGACAGAAGACUUUGGACUGAGGACUGGUUGUGGUUGUGGUUAACGAGGUGGGGAGGUUAACCACCAGGUUAACAGCACACAGCCACUUCACCGCAUCUUUCUAUGAGAAGCAUCUUUGACGGUCUCCCACGCACUGGAUAAGAUAAACCCAGUUUUUAUUUCUGUUUUUGCAGUUAAAUCUACAAAUUCACAGUAUGAUUUAAUGAAGAGUAGGAAUGAUGUCAUAACAUUUUUUCAUGCAUGGGCCAGCAGUGUAAAACUGUCUGUAUGAUGUGGACAGCUAACAUAGGAAGCACUGUAAUAAACCGGCUACUGAGAGCAGUUUGGAACUAGCUAAGAGAAGGAGAACCACUGUGACGAACAAGAUGCGGUACUGAUACGAGGGAAACCUCAGACUGAUGUGGAGUUAAGUUUUCUCAAUGUUUGAACUGAUCUGAUCAGUGGGACUGCUGACUGGAAAUCUUUACAAGCUUUUUAUUUUUAGUUUGCUUUGUAUGUUAAUGCUGCAGUGUCAGGGAUUGAAUGGCAUUAAAUGUUUUAAAUGAUUUUUGUGUCGGCCAAAUAAAGUUUAUACAUUUUUAAGAAAAAUC